AGGGGGGCGUGCCGGCGGCUGGUUGCCACUGCGCAUAUCAUGUCACUUCCUUGUUCUCCGGUGUACGGCCAAACGAAAACUUUCACGGAAGCGACACGUCCGAACAGCGACCUCACUCCGCCGGCGAGCCGAGCUAGCGUUGAAUGUCGGAGCCAAACAAGUAGUUCCUCAAACAAAGCUCUGGACUGACGGACGGUUUGCAGCCAUGGCUGACAGCCGGGAAGGAAGAGAAGAGGGAGAGCAGGAGCCUCAGGGCGCCGUGGGAGGGGAAGAUGUCAUUGAUGAUCCCAUCCUGGAGCAAGGGGCAGUGGUCCUCAGGGGAUACGUGAUUGAGCGCAUAAACGCGCAGGACCCUGGUCGACAGGUCUGCUCUGAGGAUCUGGGAGGACGGCCUAAUGAACAACAGGAUCCACAAAUCAAAGAAGUGGUGGAACAGCUGCUCAAGAUUGCAGAUGAUUUGAACAGGAAUGCUGAGCUUCGACUACUGAUCAACCAGGUCCAAGGUAACUGUGCUCAGGACGUCUUCAUGAAGGUGGCCAGGAGUAUAUUUGUUGAUGGAAUCAACUGGGGUAGAGUGGUGGCUCUCUUCCAUCUGGCCUACAGACUCAUACACAAGGCACUGACCACCAACCAUUUAGAGAACAUCAGAAUGGUCAUCAGUUGGUUUCUCCAGGCCGUCAGAGAGAUGCUUUACCCCUGGCUAGUACAACAGGGAGGCUGGGAAGGGGUGAUCCGUGGCUUUUCUCGGUGGAGGACAGCAGCAAUAGUAGCCUCAGUUGUACUGGUGGCAACCAUUGUUUACUACAGGAAGACACGCUGAGACCAUCAGACCUCAAAGUCUUCCACGCUGGGCUUCAGUCCCAUGUCUUGGAUGGAUGCAGUGUGUUAACAAAGACUCUUUCUAGACAUUAAUAUCAACCACUCCUUAACCUCUUAUUCAUUCAGCAGAGGAGGUCAAGUGCUGUAACUUGAGGUGGAAAGAGCUUCACUCUUCUCAAGUUUCCAAGACCAAAAGUGCACUUACAUCCAGAUGUCCAUGUGACAUCUCCAUCAUCUUCACCAGCAACUACACAGUGUCUUCCAUGAAAUUAUAGGAGCAGCAAAAGCCAUGUAGGAGGUUCUCAGCUCUUUUGCAUCAGUGGCUGUCAGCAAAUGAUGGUGUUAUUAUCAUUGGAAAGAGAGUAAAUAUCAUUAAUCAGACCUGACCCUACGUAGAAAAGGUCUCAGGUCCAUUCAUUAUGGUAAGUUUUGGUUGGUUUCUGGGGGUCUUGGGUUCUGAGGAAAAUUUGGACUGGUCCUGAAAACCUGAAAAAGCUAAAUAUGCUGCAUCGUAAUCAAGUCAAUGAAAAGUCCACCCAAACUGAAUUAUUUGUAGUAUAGGUCCUUCAUGUUAGUGUUUGCCUGAACUUUGAAUGAUGUAUUAUGUCUAUGAGACAGGCAUUAUUGCACUUGAGUAAAUAGGCCUUGUCAAGCUCAGGUAGAUAGUCAGUACAGCCACAACUCCCUUCACACUCAUGUUUUUUUGUUUGUUUUUAAAUAAUAACCUUGAUUAUCAUUGAUAAUAAUGCUUGUUUCCACUAAUGCAACUAUACCCUAAGUUCAUAAUAUGGCCAUAAGUUUGAAUAGUUUCCAUGUUUUCUUGAACUUGAUGAAUGAUUCUCUGCGCCUCAUUGUUGCAGUGGACCUUUUUCACAGCAGACACUUCAUUUCAUAGCAUAAAGAAUACGACAUCAGUGAUGAGUUUAUACCGUUUAGUUUUAUCUAUUCAAGGCCCCGUGACUCAUAAAUGGAAUAGGGCCGUUAUUCAUUUCAUUUGUCAGGGGUGGGCAUUGUUCUUCUCAUUAUAAGUACAAUUUCUGCAAAAAAAGGCACAGUGUCAUAGUUGUUGGAAGAAUCUAAGUCUAGUCUAGUAUCUGUAGUGACACAAUUCAAUAUGCAUUUUGUGUUUCUGCAGAGUGAGAUUUCACUUUAACCCCUGAGUUGCUGGUGGUUACUCGGUUAAGCUAAGUUGUGGGAUAUUUUACUGAAAUAUAUCUCUUGAUUUUCCACCUCAAGUUUUUAUGUGCACUGUACUGAAUCCUUCUUUUAAAAAAGAGGGGAGCUUUAUAAAAAUCUUUUCAUGUGCAUCAUUUAACAGUUUAAUUCAUCUUAUCUACUGUAUGUGCAUAUCUGGAUGCAGGAUGUGAUGAAGUUGCUCUGUUUCAGACAGACGGCAACGUUUCACUUCAUUCCUGUUGUGAGUCCCAGAGUUAUCUAUUGUCUGUGGUCAGGUGACCAGGCUGACUGUCACUGUACUUUGAACACAUCUGAAUUAUCAAGGGUGACUCUUUCAAACUGUUAUGUUUUCUGCAACAGAAACCUGGGUCACUAGACAUGAACUGAAGUGUUAGGUCGCUUAUCUCUGUUACCUCUGUCUUUCUAUGGACGUUUCCAAUUUGCAUGUGAAUGUUGUUAAUCACACAACACAUGACAGACAUUUUAGUUGUGAGACACAUGCAUGAGUAUAGCACAGUAAUCUGCCUAAUAAACUAGAAAGUGCUGUGUACAGACAUUAGAGAAUGUGUAACCCGCCAUCAUUUUGUUGUCAUGCAGUUGCCUGUUCACAGAAACAAAGAAGUCAGUGAUGUCGCACUAUUAAAAUAUUAAAUAACAAGAGCCAUAUGAUAAAGAACAAACUUUAACCUGCUGAUUGAAAACAGAGAAACCACCAUAACCAUUGAAUAACUGUCAAAAUGUCUGAUGUGCAGUAACACUCCUUUGUUGAUUGACAUCUAAUAGUCCUCUCCUUUAUUUGUGUACUUUAUGAGUCAAUUUCUUUGUUUUUUUCCCCAAUCUUUUUCCCCCCACUUCUCUACCACUGUGAAUAUUGAUAUUCUGGUGAACAAUCUGAAAAAGGUCAUGUUGAUGCAGUUUCUUCUUUUGUCACAUGUAUUUUCAGAUGUCUCCAUAUUGAGGCCAUAGCUGAGAUGGUUAAUUAUUGCUCAUUGUAAAAUACCUUUUUAUACAAGAGACAACUAAUUUGUUUGUAAAGCUAAUUAUGUAAAGCUUUGCUUCAGAUGUUCUGCAGUGUGUGAGGGUUAGAACAGAUUUAUAUGAGAACAGUGAGUAGCUUUCAGCAGACCAAGUUGCUGUUAUUUAGUACGCAUAAGCUUAUGUCAAAUAUUUUUGUACCAAGUUGUGCAUUCUCACAAGGGUAUGACAUCAUUUAUCUGCUAUCCUAUGGUGCUUUCUGAAAUAGCUGGUGAUGAUUUUGAUUAAACUUUAAACUGGUGAUAACUUUAUCAAAAA